AUGUCGUCUGUGGAGAGAGCGCAGUCCGUAGCGAUCAGCUCUCUUCUUGACGAAUUGGAAUGGUUUGUCUUCUUCUCAAUUACAUAUGUAUAGGGAGAAUUUUAAGGAUGGUCGCAUUCGCGCGAGGAAACAACAUAGAGUGGAUCGCCAACGACAAAGGAAUUCUGGAGAAUUUCGGAUAUCUCAACUUAUACAUAUUUAGAAAUUACAUUGUGAAAAAGAUGAGAAGAAAGGUAGUUUCAAAUUUUGAAAGAGCUUUCUCCACCAUUUUUUGCUUCGCAGUUGAAACGUCGCACACGUGCAUAUGGACUAGUUGGUUCGACAGCAACGGACGAAGUGACCUAUCGGACCGAAGUUCUUCUCGAAUCUCUGUCCGCUCUCCUGGGGGCCAACACUUACUUUUUUCCUUACAAUGAACCGCUCUGGGCAAGUUUUCUAGCUAUUGCUAAUUUUUUUUGUUUACCUCUGAGCUACAGAACCCUUUUCUAACAUAACCAUCUUUAGGCUAAAUAAAAGAAGCAUGAACAGAGGCAUAAUUGAAGGGAAGGAUUCUGUAGCUAGGAGGAAUGGGCUAUAGCGAAAAUAUGAAAAAAACGUUCUCAGAUCGAUUGCAAGGCGUUUGCCGUCCUCGCUCAGUUCAUCUACACUCCCGUCAACCACGACACGAGGAUCAAACAGUUCUUGCGGGAUCGAGUUCCGAACCUGGUUUGCUUGCAAAAUACUGGCUCCUAGUUCAUAUAGGCCGUUCCGCGCCAGCUUAUCACGAAGAGUUGAGAUAAAAAAUUUUUAGGCUACUGAAAAGUGAUUUUUUUUAAAUUCGCAGUCUAUUGGCUCAAAAAAACGUCCGGAAGCUAAGAGAUCAAAAACUUGGUCCUUAUUUAGGUAUGAGGCCAGUAUAGGCCAUUCCGCGCCAGCUUGUCACGUUUUUCUUUCCGCCAAAAGGCCAGAUCAAAUUUGACCAACUUCGCUUCAAGACCAUUGUUUCUUGCUUUUUUAAAAGCAGAAUUGCUAAGAAAGCUGCUUUUAGUGUAGUUUUUUCCUGCUUCUCUUCAAAAACGUGACCGUCUCGCUCGUAAAUCUUCCAAACUGCACAAAAACCUAAUUUCUCGAAGCGAAAAUGGUCAAAUUUGAUCUAAUUUGGUAUACGGUCUUUUUGGCGGAAAGAGAAUUGUGAGAAGCUGGCGCGGAAUAGGCUAUAUCAGUUAUGGUUUUUUUGAAGUGAAGGUUAUAUAAUAGUCAAAUAUUUUUUUCCUGGCCAUGUACCUUAGACUCCUUAUCAGGAGUUUUAAUUGACUCGAAAAAAAAUUUUUUUUUUGAAAUCAUUCAAUUCUCAAGAUUCGAAAACUGCAGAAAGGAAUUUUCGAACAUUUUAUAUCUUCGCCUUUCCAAAAAUCACGCUAUCUAAGCUUUAUAAAUUUUUUUAUUAACUCGCGUUCAAUCAGUUUUAUGAUCAGAAAAAAAAUAUUUUUUUAAUCAAUAUAUCAAAGCAUAAUCUAUUUUUUUGAGUUUUUUUCAAACUUAAUAUUGUGUAUUUCUGUAAUUCAACCAAUGAGCCGUUUUUUUCUUCGAAAACAAUUUCCGUUAUUUAUUCAAGAAAUUUGAGACGAACUUCGUUCGGCGCAUGAAAAAAACGACUUCUGGGCCGAUUGGGACGAGUCGCGUUGACGAUGUUGAGAAAAAAAUGCUUUGA